AUGGACACAGCAAACGACAAUGUCGAAUCAAAAACAGAUGUGCUCAUUAUCGGAGCAGGGCCAUCUGGUCUGAUGGCAGCAUACUGGUUGGCCCGCUGUGGCAUUAAAGCGCGCAUAGUCGACAAGCGGGGGACUAAAGUGUUCACGGGUCAAGCUGAUGGUUUACGCGUUCCUGAUGGGAAAGGAAACCUGAUUCGGCAGGGUCCACACUGUAGCUCCAAAGCCAGCGAGUCGCCGUUUCGCAAUAUGCUACUGAAUCAAGGCCGUAUUGAGAGGUUCCUGCUAGACAGUAUACAGCAGCAUUCCGACCUUCAAGUUGAGCGAGGCGUGAUUGCAGAGACUUUUGAGUACGAUGAUGAUAUGGAAGAGGAUCCAAAUGGCUAUCCAAUCACCGUUAAGCUCCGGACGUUGAGUGAUGAAGAAGCAAAUCCCCCGGGCCUCCGUAUCAAUGAGACCAACCAUAGCGCAGCGACCAUUGGAGUGUCUCGAGGCAGUCUACUACCAGACGACUGGAACGAGUUAAUUACAAAGAGUAAAGCCAAGCAGACUAAAACAGAGAUCGUCAAGGCCAAGUACCUUAUUGGCUGUGACGGGGCACAUAGCUGGACGAGGAAACAAGUGAACAUCCCCUUGGAAGGUUCAACUACAGAUCAUAUCUGGACAUGGGCUUCUUUCGAGGCUUCGACUGAUAUGUCCUAUGCCAGGGGUGUGAUCGAUGUGGUUCCCAUCAGCGAUUUUCCUGAUAUCCGUCGUUUGGGUACCGUCACCCAUGCGACCGGCACCAUCCUCUUCAUUCCACGAGAACGAAGCAUGGUCCGUUUAUAUGUCCCUGUACAGACGAUCGAAUCGACCGCUCCUGGUGAUGGCCGUUUCGACCGCUCAAGGAUUACGCUGGAGAUGAUCAAGGGACGAGUUCAAGUGAUUUUCGCUCCAUAUACUUUCGAUUUCCAGAUCUGUGACUGGUGGACUGUAUAUCAGAUUGGACAACGGAUUGCACCAACAUUUUCGAAAGGAAACAGGGUAUUCCUUGCUGGAGAUGCGGUACACACGCAUUCGCCCAAGGUGGGCCUGGGAAUGAAUAUGAGUAUGCAAGAUGGCUUCAAUAUCGGCUGGAAGGUGGCCUUGGUGGCGAGUGGCGUUGCCCAGCCAUCGAUUUUGGCUACCUAUGAUGCAGAGAGACACUGUCUAGCCGAAAUGCUGCUCGACUUUGAUCGACAUUGGUCCGGUCUAUUCACCGAAGGUGAGGGGGAAGGCAAAACCCAGAACAUGAUCAAAGUCGUUGAAUUGUUUGAAGAUUUUGCGGAUGGGCGAAAGUCAUUCUAUGGUGCUAGCGAGCUCGUAUGGAAGUUUGAAGAUGACGAAGAUCCACCUGCGGCUCGGAAUCUGAUUCCUGGAGAGCGUUUUCCUCCGGUCAAGCUGCGUAUGCAAGCGGAUGGUAACCUCAGAUGGACAACCAGGCUUCUGGAGAGCGAUGGACGAUUCCGAGUGGUGAUUUUGGCUGGUGAUAUGCGAACAGCAACGCAGAAAAAUCGCCUUUUGACUUUGACACAACGUCUCUCAGGAAGCAAUGAUCAGAAUGGAGCGGUACUUCAUCGCUAUGUUCCCAUUGCAGGACGUUUCGAAUGCGCAAUCGAUGUGAUGGCGAUCCACAGCGCGCCGUGGACUGAAGUGGAGUACUUCGAUUUCCCAGACACCUUACGUCCAUUCGAUCCGGUACGGGGCUGGAAUUAUGAUAAAAUUUGGUGUGAUGAUGCCUGUCCGUGGAACAGGGAUUGCGAUGGAAAGGGUUAUGAACGAUGGGGAGUGGACCGAAUGCGGGGUGCCAUGGUGGUUGUUCGUCCCGAUCAGUAUAUUGGAUGGGUUGGGGAACUAGAAGAGGUGAUUAGAAUGACUUGUUACUUGGAUGGAGUUUUGAUCCGUAAGGCAGCCAAUGAUUGCCAAUUGUAG